AUGGACUCGUCGCCCCGCACAAAGGCACACGACCGCCCUGCCUCUGCCUCUGGGGAUCCCGACACGUCCACCACCAAGAGACCCUCCUCCCAGUCCCAGCUCCUGCCGCCCCUCGAGCUGCUGUCGUCGUCGCCAGGACUGCCGGGACUGCCCAAUGUCCCUUCAAGACGCCAGAGCCGCCCUCUUUCGGCCCCAAAGGCCCCAUCUGGUGCCAGCAACAAUGACUACCUGAAGUAUCCCACCCCUGUGCCCACAUCCAGCACCGGCAUCUUGUCCUCGUCUCCCCCACGCGUCCACCCUCAGCCACGGCUCCAACGCGCACCCAGCACCGUGUCUGAACGUGCCCCUCUGUCUGCUGUGCCCUCCGUCGAGCUCAACGAGAACGGUGACACCCUCCGCAUGGGCAGGUCUAGCAAUUCGUCCGAUUAUCAGCUCUCCGCCAACCGCCUCAUCAGUCGCGUCCACGUCAAGGCCAGAUAUGUCCCCGCUACCGUCCCUCUGCAGCCCAACAAGAUCGAGAUCGAAUGCAAUGGCUGGAACGGCCUCAAGCUGCAUUGCCAGGGCAGGACCUAUGAGAUGCACAAGGGUGAGGUGCUCUCCUUCGAGACCGAGGGCGUCGAGAUCAUGCUCAACGUCCAGGAUGCACGCGUCCUGUUGCAUUGGCCUAAGAGGGAUGCGAGGGACGGGCUUGCGGAUCUGGGCUGGGAGGACUCACCUCCGCGCUCGGUACGGAAUGGAGCACCUCAGCUAGGAGGUGGUAGUCCACGCCUCGGAAGUGGUGCUGGUCUUGGCUUGCUGCAGUCUAGUCCCCUGCACAGGACGACGCGUAUCACGUCCCCGGAGUCGCCCACUCCUGCACACACGUCUUUGCAGCACAUCAUGUCUGAUGGGGUUCCUAGCAACUCGCAGCACAGCAGCAUCCUGUCGGACUUGCCCAGCAUCAGCGACAGAGAAAAGAGCGUCGAGAUAUAUGAAGAUGAGGAUGCGGGAGAGCAGGACAUGUCCGCAAAGGCUGGAUCGAUUGGUGACCAGAGUUUCAUGACCGACGUCAACAACAGCUUCUCCAGCGACUUGAGCGACGUCAACUCGGACGAAGAGGAUGAGAACUAUCCUAACGAGGAGAAUGAUCCCAUUGUCCACUCUUUCGGUCCCUUUGGUGCCAACCUCAACAGCCGUAUGGCGAUGACUUCCUUCCACGUCGACUCGCCUAAGCGCCGUCGACUUGGAUCUGGCGGCUUUGCAUCGCCCCGAGUCAAUGGCACCCGUAGAGGGUCGUCGGGUCCAGACGCGUCUAAUCCACUUUUAUCUGGCAAGUCCGCAUCAACAUCUCGAGAAGCGAGUAUCGGCCAUAAAGCGUCGCACACGCCUACGCCGGAUAGUAACGGGCACGAGGCGCUCAUGCAUGCAGAGAAAGACAAGGAGACUCAACCUGAUAUAAGCCACCUCGACGUUGCGACCAUCACCAACCAUGUUGUCAACCAGCUAGCCUUCUCACGACUGUCAUCCACGCCUCUAUCCACCAUCAUGGCGAAUCUCCCUGCCGAAGAGAAGAAAGACCUGCUCCGUCACCACUUGAAGUUCAUCGUCGAGACUGCUACUUGUAUCGGUACUAUUGAGCGCGAGGGCAAGGAUGCCGACGGCAAGCCGCUGGAGAGUCAGUACUACUACAUCCCCGAAAAGGAUGAUGAUGAGCACAGGCGAGCGGCGGUGGUGGACGGGUUGAGGAAGCCCACGCUGAGGAAUUGCCGGAAACACCAUGUGCAAUAUUACUGGAAGAGACCACGGACACCAUGA